AUGUCAGAGAACCAGGCCGUCGCGCACUUAUACGCGCCUGUGAGGGCGAUCCUUGCCGCACCUGACGUUGAUUUGUCAAGUAUCAGCGCAAAGCGCGUGCGGAGACAAUUGGUCGAUGAUGGGCACGCUGAUGCGGCUUUGGUGAAAGCUCAGAAAGCGGCAUUGGACGCGUUAAUUGGGGAGGUAUUCUCUGAAGUCAGUUCGGGGAAUACAGGUACAGCGGGAGGGGACGGGGGAGAGUCAGAAGCAAAUGGGGAGGACGGCUAUGGUGAAGAAGGAACGCAGGAUGGCGCUGAUACUGAUGGCGUUGAUGGAGAGGAUGCAGGCGAGGAAGAGGAGGAGAGGGUGGUGAAGAAAGAGAGGAAGCCAGCAGGGAAGAAACGGAAAGCCGUGGACGACGACGAAGCCGUUGCGAGAGCGCUGCACGCGCAGAUCAACGGAGGGAGGCCAUCGCGCGCCGCGGCGCCUCCGGCGAAGAAGCGCGCGAAGAAAGUGAAGAGCGCGGACACAGUUGAUGGGGAGGACGCGCCCAAGAAAAAGCGUGGCGGAGGAGGCUUCCAGAAGCCAUAUCAACUAUCAGAGCCAUUAGCAGCAGUAGUGGGCACCGACUCAGCCCCACGGCCAACAGUGGUGAAGCUGCUCUGGGAACACAUCAAGGGCCACGAACUGCAGAACCCGAACGACAAGCGUGAGAUCAUGUGCGACGACGCGCUACGUGCUAUAUUUGGCAAGGACAAAGUCACUAUGUUCAGUAUGAACAAGGAGCUCUCAGCGCAUCUGAGUCCCAUGGCUCAGGAGUAG